GUGCUAAAAAUGCAAAAGCCAUGUGCAAAAAUGUGGAAGUGGAAGUAACCAGCUUAAAGGAAAGUUCACAUUUAAAUCCAAAUUUGGUUUGUACAAUUGAGCAAAACAAGACCAUAACAGACUUCUUCAAGCCAACUUUAAGCCAAGACAUUGGCCAUAAAGACAGAAUUGUGCUGUGCUCACCUGAGAGGGCAAGUGUAAAAGAUGCAGGAAUGGGACUGUCAGUUUUACAUGCUGAAGGCUUUGAAAGGAAAAUAUCUUCUCCUAAGAAGCUUUCUAAGACUCCUGUUGUUAGCCAAGUAUCAUAUGUGAACAGCUUAGAACAUCUCUUGAAGGAGAAAGAAGAAUCUAGAAGGGUAGAUGAACUAGAAAAGCGGUUACAGGAAGACAUGCAAAGAAAGGACACUGCUUCAGAUGGAGAAAAUGAGGAGGAUGCCAGUGGAGAUGAAGAUCUCUCAGAAGAACACAGGAUGUUUAUAAGGAGAUUCUCAGUAGUAGCUGAUGCCAUACCUGACUACCACCCUGGAGAAGAUAUAUUUGAUUUGUCAGCCUCUGGGAAAAUCUUCAAUCAGCAUAACCUUGACUUAAGGAAUUUUCACUUCAUCCCUCAAAAUCCUAUAGAAAAGCUGCUCCUUAAUUCUGGAGUAACACAGCAGCUUUCUUUAGCUGUUAAUGGUUUUCUGAGUUCUGCUUACAGCUGUGUAUUGUGUCCCAUACCAAUUCUAAGGUGGCUUUUCCAGAUGAUGUCUAUUCAUCCUGACUAUUGUGUUUCCACCCAGAUUUUAGACAGACUGAUGGAGAUAACACUGAAAAAUGCUUCCAUCAGUGAUGAACAGUUUAAACCAUGGAUUCCUUCAUUAGCUGAUGUGUCAGCUGUUCUUGUCAAUAUGGGAGUUGCGUUUAGAUCUCUCUUUCCAUUGCGGCAUCUUCAGCCCAACUUUAAUGAGUAUGAUAUUUUAAGUCAGGUGCAAGAAACUGUGAGACAACAACAGCCAAGAGGAGAGGUAGCCUCUGCCAGUCCAGCCUUCUCCCGUCUACUUGAAAACAACUUACUUAAUGUGAUUAAGUUUCUAGGUUUCUGUACAGCAGUAAUUCAAGGUGGAUACACUGAUCAGGAGAUAUAUCUGCUGCUUUUACUGCUGUUUAAAAUAAGUUUGGAGAAACGGUUAAAGCAAGUUCCUUUGAUAGACUUUCAGUGCCUUUUUGUAAAGCUUCUGAUGAAUAUAAAAGACUGGGAUACAAAGAUGCCUGAGCUCUGCCUGGCGGUGAGUGAACUCACCAGUCAUCACCAUAAUCUCCUGUGGCUAGUUCAGCUGGUGCCUAACUGGAUUCCACGUGGAUGGGAAGUAAGAAGACGUCUUAGCCUGGUAAUAAUUUCAAAGCUUCUUCAUAAAAAGCUUAUAGAAAUACCUGAUGACAGUGACAAGCAGAUGUCUCUUCUGCAUCAGUUUCUGGUGUAUAUGAAACCUUCUAAUCUGCUAAUGAAGAUGGGAGGAGGACUGGAGGAGCAGAAUACCAGUAGAGACCACCUGAAUGCAGAACUAGAACAGGAGGUAUACUACUUAAUCUACAUCCUCCUCCAUCUGGUUAGUGAAGCCAGUUUCUUUGAUGUUGUAAAGUCUAAUCAAAGG